GGGAGCGGCCGCGGCGCCGGCGAGGAGCGCCCCCCGAGACCACGCCGCGCGCUCGGCUCUCCGGCUCCAGCUCGCGCGCAGCCUGUUGCUCGCUCCUCCGGGCCGCCGCUUCCCGCCCGGUGCCCAGGAGCAGGCGGCCCGAGGGGUGCCAGCGCGCGGGCGGACCCCCGCCUUCCUCCUCUCCUGCGCACACGUAGACCCGAGCGCCUCCCAGAGCGCGGGAGCCGGCGAGCCUCCCCGUGCGCCCCUGACCGCGCGCCGAGACCCCCGGCCCCGAGCGGCGAUGAACGCGACCUUCCUGAACCACAGCGGCCUGGAGGCGGCGGGCGGCGGCGGCGGGGCCGCCCUGGGGAACCGCAGCCACGGGCUGGGCACGUGGCUGGGCUGCUGCCCCGGGGGCGCGCCGCUGACCGCCAGCGACGGGGUCCCGGUGGGGCUGUCGCCUGACGAGCGCAGCUUGUGGGUGUCGCGCGUGGCGCAGAUCGCUGUGCUUUGCGUGUUGUCGCUCACCGUGGUCUUCGGCGUUUUCUUCCUGGGCUGCAACCUGCUCAUCAAGUCGGAGAGCAUGAUCAACUUUCUGAUGCAGGAGCGCCGGCCCUCCAAGGACGUGGGCGCCGCCAUCCUGGGGCUGUACUGAGAGCAUCUCGGCCCGCCCUCGCCAGCGGGGCUGGAAGGAGACGGAGAAGGGAGACCGGGACCCUCUUCCCCCUCCCCGGGCUCUGCCGCCUCCUCCCGCCAGGCAGCGCAAGGGGCAGCGACGUGCGUCGGGGCGCCCGGCCGGGACACUGCGGGACUCAGGCGGCGGCGCGGGAAGGGACUUCCACACUCGGCUCGCUCCUGUGUGCGCUUCAGCGUUGGGGGGUGGGAGCGUAGAAGAGGGAGUUCUUAACCGUUUUUCAAAAAGGAAGUUCCAGGCAGAGUGGAGAGGCUGUGGGAUGCAACUUGGGGCUGAGGUCACUCGCGUGGGAGUUUGGUGUGUAAGUAGGUGGGGGGCAAGUUAUUGAGGAAUCCGAGUCUCUGAGCUUGUUGGCCUGAUUUUCAGUUGAAAAGAAAUCUUGUAAUAAAACCAAAAGCCGUCGGGCUUCUGGCGGCUUCCCACCCGCA